UGUGUCUCGAGUGCAAUGUCAAACCCAUAGUGACAGAAAAAGAAAAACGUGAUAGGAGGUGUUGUCUUCCCUAAACAGAGGUGAGCCUGAGGCUCCGCAGUGACGCCGCUCCACUGACCGGCCGUUGGGCUCUGGAAGGUGGAAUCCCCCGGUUGCCGCACUUGUCACUCUCCUUUUUUGAUCCAUAGGCCGGAUGGCGGCGAUCACGCUGAAGGAGCCGACGCAGGUUUCUAUGAACUUGGAAACAAUCAUGGACCCUAAACAGGGACAGGUGAACUUUGAGGAUGUGUACGUGUACUUCUCCCAGGAGGAAUGGGAACUCCUUGAUGAGACUCAGAGGAUCCUGUACUGUGAUGUGAUGCUGGAGAACUUUGCACUUAUGGCCUCAUUGGGACAUACAUCUUCCAUGUUCCAUGUAGUUGAUUCAUUGGAGCUGGGCAUUAAGCCGUGGGUACCUGACUGGAUGGAGAUGUCUCAAGCCAUUUCCAGGGAGACUUUAUGUGGGUGUGGUUGUUGUCAUGGAGUGGAGGAUGAAGAAACACUUUGUAUGAACAGCAUUUCUGUAGAUGUGUCAGAGAUCAGGCCUGCAAAGGGAGGCCCCUCUACCCAAAAGGCCCACCCUUGUGGCCCAAUCUUAAAAGACAUUUUACACUUGGCUGAGCCCCAGGAAACUCAUCCUGGGCAGAAACCAUACAUGUAUACAGCAUGUGGGAAGCAGCUGUGGAUCAGUAUAAACUUUCACCAGCCCCAGAAGCAGCACAAUGAAGAGAAACCUUUUAGAGGAGAUGAGGGCAGGAUGUUUCUUAUGAACGGCUGUCCUGUCCAACCCUCAGAGAUGCCUUUUGCAACAGAGGAGAAUUGUAAGGACUUCAUGAGUAGCUCGACCAUUUUUCAGCAUCAUUUGCCUCACUGUGAGUGGGAUACACAUGGUAGCACUAAGCAUGAAGAGGCCUUUCACAGUGGACAAAAACAUUACAAGUGCAGUGAGUGUGGGAAGGCCUUCAGUCGCAAAGACUCACUUGUUCAGCACCAGAGAGUCCACACUGGAGAAAGGCCUUAUGAGUGCAGUGAAUGUGGGAAAUCCUUUAGCCGCAAACCCAUACUUGCUCAACACCAGAGAAUUCAUACUGGAGAAAUGCCUUAUGAAUGCGGCAUAUGUGGGAAGGUUUUUAAUCACAGCUCCAACCUUAUUGUACACCAGAGAGUACACACUGGAGCAAGGCCUUAUAAAUGCAGUGAGUGUGGGAAAGCCUAUAGCCACAAAUCUACACUUAUUCAGCAUGAGAGUGUACACUCUGGAGAAAGGCCUUAUGAGUGCAGUGAAUGUGGGAAAUACUUUGGUCACAAAUACAGACUUAUUAAACAUUGGAGUGUUCACACUGGAGCAAAGCCUUAUGAGUGCAUAUUGUGUGGGAAGUUCUUUAGUCAAAGCUCUGAUCUUAUUGCACACCAAAGAGUUCAUAAUGGAGAGAAACCAUUUAUAUGUAGUGUAUGUGGAAAAGCUUUUAGCCACAAACACGUACUUGUUCAGCACCACAGAAUUCACACUGGAGAAAGGCCUUAUAAGUGCAGUGAAUGUGGGAAGGCCUUCAGGCAAAGGGCUUCCCUCAUCCGGCAUUGGAAAGUUCACACUGGAGAAAGGCCUUAGGUUAUCAGGGACUGUGGCAUCUCCUUGUUUACCAUAACAAUUAACUCUAGAGAAAAACAAUAUUUUGUGUGUAGCUAUCAGCCAGAAGUUGGACCUCAAACAUCCACCAUGGGAAAAUUCUGACUGCCAGCUAUGUGGAAUGUGGGAGCUGUGAUGCAUUUUCUAAUCUGCCCAGGACUCUUGCUAGAAUUGUGUCAGUGGCAGUGCCCCUGACAAGCCUCCUUUCUUUGCACUGGCAGAACUCUGCAUUGUGCACCCCAGUGUGCCUUGAAAGGCACACCUCCAUACUCCUGUCUUUCUUGGAGGGAAUCAUUCGUAGCCUGAGCCCCUUGAGAACUCUUGAGAACUCUCACAUUCCCCCCUCCACCCCAGGCUCAUUUAACUGGACAUGACUCAGUUUCGCCAGGAGGACUCAGCUGGCUGCUUGCCCAGCUUCCAUUCUGUGUGGACAUUUUUGAUCUCAUGAUGGACUUGUCCAGCUCAGAAACACCUAAGCUGAAGUUGCUAUCUCAUAUUCUGGUUUUGCAGCAAAUGACUUGUUUUUUAGACUACCUUUAAUCCUUGGGUUUCUGUUCAUUUUAUGGAUUGUGAACAGAAGCCAGCUCUGCCAGCACAAACAGAUAAACAGUUUUUGUAAGAGCUGUAAUUGUGCAUGUCUUGAAGAUACUAGUGGGAUUGCAAAGCAUUGCUCUCUUUCAAGCAUUAUCAUAACUUGCACUGAUGCUUUCACCUCUCCUAGGAAAUAAUACAGAUCUUGGUGGCCUCCAUCUUGUCCAUAUGCCAAAAUAGGUUGUGUGACCAAGGUCACCCUGGGCAGUGGGAGUUUGUUGUGCCAAUCUGUAGUGUGUUCAGGAGCAACUUAAAUUCGGUCUCUGUUCCCAGAGGAUAUUUCAUAUUCUCCAGCUGUUUGAGGAGAUCUUGAUCCCCUGGCACCUGAAGUCUGUCAUUUGGUAGGCUGAUAUCACUGGUGUCCUUUAAAACGGCAAGCUAUGAAUCAUAACUGAUACAAGGCUGCUGAUUAAUAGGAACUUGGGAGACUGCAUCAGACCAUAAGGAACAUGACCCUUCCAAAAAUGCAUCCACAGUAACCAGGCCCAGUGAUGUGUGCCUGCAGUCCCAGGUACUGGAGAGGCUGAGGCGGACUAAGCCAAGCAACAUAGCAAGACCCCAUCUCAAAAAAUAAAAGUGUAUUUAAAAAGUAUAUCCACAUAUUUUUUCAUCACUGUGGCUUUGCUAUGAGGGUUUGUAGAAAUUCACUGGAACCCCAUACUUGUGUCUCUCACGACUAAGUUUGGUGUCUGGUGUCAAUUUAAAUAUUUUCUGCAACAAACUACACACACUUGUACCAUUUCAUGAGUUUUGAUACACCUUUGCAUCUGUGAAGUCAAAAGUUUCCUGAUUCCCUUUGUAAUCUCUUCUGCCUCCUAACCCCAG